AUGACACUACUUUUUCCAGAAUUCCAAACUGGAGUUGCACUUGCUUCAGAUGAAGAUAAGGAUAAAACAAACAACAUUGUUGCGAUGGCUAUGGAGUUUGAAGCCAAGCACAGAGAAUGUGUCCGUGUUUUAACCUACACAUAUGAUGGUCAUGUCAAGGUUAAGUUGUAUGUGCUUUCUGGAAAGACUGGCAUACCUGAAGCAUUAAAAGCUGCUGCUCAAGAUUAUUUUAAGGAGAUGAAUGUGAAACUCGAAUGGUUAGAUCUUUACAAGGAUGCAGAUGAAAUUCUCCAGAUUAGACCUCUUGAGUAUCCAUCUGGUAAGCGAAAUGCAUUGAAUGAGUCCCAAGUGGAUGACAUUAACAAAGUCAUUUCUGAAAAUCUCCAUGUUCUUGUCAGGCAUCGUAACAUCACUGCUGUGCAACCCUCACUUAAAAUCAAAGAUUCUAAGCAGACGGAAACCCCUUGUAUCACAUUGUAUGUUCUAUCUAAAGGUGUCAUCCCAGAUGGUGAAUGUCCCUUCCCACUCAAACUUGGUUCUUACCUAGUGGAUGUUGUGGACGGAAUGUGGUUCAGAACUGAUGAUCCUUGGCUGCCAAAUGAAGCACAGGAACAAAGCGAAGUACUUUGUUUGGGAGCAAGUAUUGGUGUGCAAGGAGAGGAUGCAGCCGGGACCUUAGGUGCCAUUGUGAAAGAUGGUGAAACCUUUUAUGUACUGUCCUGCGAUCAUGUUAUGAGACAUAGUACAGAGCUAAAUAUAAUUCAUCCUGCACAGAAUGAUCAUUUGAAUUAUCUAAAUUACCAUUUACAACAGUAUGGAAUGCGGAUUAAGCACAUCAUUGACAAGGAAAGUUGCCACAUACUGGCAAACCAGUUCUCAUUUGGCCAUAUUGCGGGGCUGGAAGAAUUGUCAAAUAAAUUUCAAGAGCUGAGAGGGAUCAAAGAAACCCACCUACACCAUGCAAGGGCGACAAAGAGGAAAUUAGAGGCUGUAAAGCUGCAUGAAGAAGCUUUUGAGAGAGGUUUGACACCACCCAGGGUCAUAGCAAAAUACUCUGUUGGCAUCUCCGGUAAUGUGACUUGGAAUGAUGGUCAACAAUACUACGUUGAUGCUGCCCUGGCUGAGUUGACUUCAGAGGAAGUUGAUAGUUUAAGACAGAGUCAAACGGCUGAAAUGAUUGAAACAGGAGAUCACCUAAGUGGGGAAUUUAGUUCAAUACGAAAAGCCAGGGGGGAACUGUGCAAGAGCGGCCGAACCACAGGAUUCACUAGGUCUGGUUGUCAUGUGGAACCAUCUAUUUUUCUCCGUGCAAACUUUGGUAGAGUGAAUGACCAAAAUGACUCUUUGUUCAGUAUUCGUAAAAAUGUCAGACUGUGUCAAAGUUGUGGGGAAAGAUCUGGAAUUGGAGCGCAAUUGGAGUCUACUGCCGCUCCUUGUGACUCUUGUGAAAUAGACACACCCACUCUACGUGACAGUCUUUGGUUCAAGAACUGCUUAUGCAUAGACAAUGAGUCUCAUGUUGGUGAGGCAAAAGUUUUUGCCACUGAAGGAGAUUCUGGAGCAGUACUCUUUGAAAGAAAUAAUGAUGGAAAUCUUCAAGCUUUUGGCAUUAUCUUUGCCGAGCUUCAAUGUUCAUAUAAACUAAUGACUUUAGCCACACCAGUGCAAAUUGCUCUUGAACGCUUAUCCAGAAAGAUUUCCGAGAAUACCAACUUAACACUGCUUUCAAACUAUGAGUGACUACGGACGCAAAUUGAAACUUUAAUUGAUGUAGAUAUGCUUAUUGUUGAUCAAAGUUUGUACUCGUGGAUGUUUUUUUUCAGUGGGAGAGGGGAGGUUAUACCCUUCGAAUGCUAGUGACAAAUGCCGUCCUCACUUCAAGAAACCGUUACCUCAACUGUUUAUAUAUAUAUUUGAACCAUUCUAACAGGAAUUCUGAUAAGCUUAUUGUAGCGUUCUUUAUGAGAGUAUAGAGCAUGCU